CGCGGGAGCUCCUGGGCAGGGCUACCUGAGCUACACGGAACAAUCAGACGAGGCACUUCCGUGUUAAUCUGCGCGAUUUACGCCCCGACUUCCUUUUAUCGUGCCUUCGCUCCGCAUCAGCUGCUGUUCCAGCCGGGCAGGUUCGAGUAGGCGUUGGAGGUUAUUCUUCCUCUCCAGCACUCCGCAAGAACUCAGCUAGCACCAUGGUAUACACCGCGGUUGCGAAGUCUGAGACAGGAGGUGAGACGACUAGAGCGCCGGUGGCAGAAAUCCCGCUCCGAAGAUGUCCGGACACAGGUUAGCUGCCUACCAAGUGGCAAUAAAGAUGACUGGUAAAAGCAGCGCAGGGACCAGCAGUCGCAAGGGCCGUGGUGUUUCAUGGCGGCUCCAGGAAACUUUGGAUCUCCUGGACAUUUGGGGAGAGCAGAAAAUCCAGGACCAGCUCCGCAGCAGCCACCAGAAUAUAGACUUUUUUGAAUACAUUGCCCAGAAGAUGACCACGCGGCGUCAUCGCCGUACUGCCUUAGAAUGCCGCUCCAAGACCAAAGUGAUGAGGCUGGAGUAUAAACGUGUCAUUGAUCACAAUUCCAGGGCAGGGAACAGCAAGGUGACCUGUCCAUUUUAUGAGCAGCUCCACCGGAUCCUUCAAGGGAAUGCAAGUAUGAAACCUGGACGAGUUGGGCGAACCUUGAGUUUCCACCUUGUGCCGCAGCUGGAGGCUGCCCGGGAACACACAAAGCCAGGACUGGAAGAAUUAAUCCCGCAUGAUGUCCAUGUGGUUAGUGUUGGAGAGCACCUCAAACAAGAGGACAUUGAUGACACAGGAGGUGGAAUGGUAACUAGUAAUGAUACUGAGGAGGAAAUGGCAGAGGCUGGGGAUCACGAUAUUACACAAAUGAAGGAGGAAAAGGGCAGUGAAGGCAGUGGAAGAGAUCUGGAUCAUCAGAGACCCCAAAUACACCAAAUAAGCCCGGUGCGUCAAGAUCCCCUCAACAGCGUGCAGCAGGCUCCCCGCAUCAACAUGGUUCCCAAUCCAGCAGCAGCACCGUUGGAUGCUGUGGCCAAACCACCAGCAGCACCUUCUCCUACACCUGAUUUUGCCAUCCUGAGGCCCAAGAAGAGGAAGGGGGCGGAGACCCUGUUUCAGGAAUUACUGCAGCAGUCCAGAGAGGAGCAGGAGGAACUUCUCCUUGAGAUGGGCCGUGACAGAGAGGUAGCACUGAAUCUUCUGAAGGUCUUAAAGGAGGAUGCAACAGAAUGCAGAGAGGAGAGAAAGCAACUUAUGGAGACUCUGCGUGCCCAUAACGAGAUCUUGAAGGGACUAGUCAUUAACUUGAACAACUUCACUGAUGCCUUUGCAAGCCACCCACAGGCCAGGCCUUCUCGCCCAAGUGUGUCCAACAACACUGGAGCACAACGAAGCUACUCAAGGCCUAACGAUGAGAACUGCAGUCCCCGGAGCCCCCUGCGUCGAUUACAUUCUAAUAACCUGUCCUCCUCAUUGUUCUCCACCAAUACCCUACACCACACAGCCUAGUGGACACACAUUUGCCAUAGACGAGAGUAAUGGUAGCUGUGAAGGACAACCAUAGAAAUACAUGUUUUUAUAAAGAGUUCUUUUAGAAAGUUUUUAAAAUCAAGUGUUAAAAAAAUAACUUAAAAUAAACUUGUUACUAAAAAGAUAA